UGAGAUAUAUACUUUCCUCUCACACACAUAGAAGUUGCCUUCUAAGUUGCAAAUAUUAAUCUUCUUUACAUGGCUCCAGCUUCUUAUAAUUGCAUAUUCAAUACUAUAUGUGUAAUGGACGCUUCCAGUCGAUUAGGUACAAAGUUAGUAAAGCGUCUUCUCAAGAGAGGUUACACAGUUCAUGCUGCAGUUCAAAAUCAUGGGGAGUCGUUGUCGUUGAAGGGAAUUGAAUGUGAUCAUAAGAAGAAAUUGAAGAUUUUCGAGUCGGACCCUUUUGAUUACCAUAGCAUACUUACUGCUUUAAAGGGUUGUUCUGGUUUAUUCUACUCGUUUGAGCCUCUUUCAGAUUAUCCCACUUACGAUGAAGAUAUGGCAGAAGUGGAGGUGAGGGCAGCACAUAAUGUAUUGGAAGCAUGCGCACAAACAGACACCAUAGAAAAAGUUGUGUUUACUUCCUCUGCAACUGCAAUUAUUUGGGGACACGACAAAGAAUCUGCAUCCACGGGUUAUCUUGAUGAGAGACAUUGGACUGACAUCAACUUUUGUCGUAAAUUCAAGCUGUGGCAUGCUAUGUCGAAAACAUUAGCAGAGAAGACAGCUUGGGCAUUGGCAAUGGACAGAGGAAUCAACAUGGUUACUAUAAAUGCAGGACUGUUAAUGGGUCCUGACUUAACAAUCUCAAAUCCUUACCUCAAAGGAGCAGCUGAGAUGUACGAAGAUGGUGUGUUUGUGACUGUCGAUCUUGAUUUCUUGGUCGAUGCCCACAUUUGUGUCUAUGAAGAAAUAGCAACCUACGGUCGAUAUUUGUGCUUCAAUCACAUCAUUAACCAACAACAAGAUGCUUUUCACCUUGCCAAAAUGUUGUCCCCUUUGCCUUCGUCCCCUCAAAGUAUGGAGAAUGACACAAGGAUAAUCCAACAGAGGAUCAGCAACAAGAAACUGAAUAAGCUUAUGGUUGACUUUAAAGGAUGCCAGUCUCAGAUGAACCAAAAUGUAAAUGUUCAAGAUGUUUGUUUAUCAUGAAACUGCAAAUUGAUUAUACAUAUAUAAUUCCAUUAGACAUGAAAUAUGGUAACCUUCCCUUCAUAGUGGUUCAUAUAUAUUUUUUAAAUUUGAUGA